ACUCGAAGGACGCCCAGGCGGGGAGGUGAAAGGUUGGAAGCAAUGGGGGAAGUUUGUAGAGAGAACACCAAGUCAUGGCUUUCUGUGAUUUGGCAAGUCUGCAACGUUUCCAUGUCUUUAUUCUUCGCUCUUGCAACAUAUGUUCAGAUUAAUGACCCGGACGCGGGGUUAUGGAUGGUGGGUUAUAGUGUUCCUACAGUCCUGUGUGCGGUUAUCGGCUGGAAACCCCAUGUGACAGAGACUUUGACCUGGAGGCAUGUUGCAGAUCUCCAUGUGAUGAUCUCCAGCGCCGUUGUUGCCAUGUUGGCAUGGAGUCUUAAUAAAGAGCGAAUCACAGAGAUCUUACAACAGGAGGAGGGCAGAGAAUUCUCUGGUCUCACGUUGACGGUUGUUUGGCUGCUCCUGUGUCGCCACUCUGGAAGAGCUCCAGUCGGGAUGCUCAGAGUCUCAACAGCUGUUGCAAUCACGGUCUUCCCCUUCGUGUCCUGGCUUUACUACUUUAUCAACAAGGAGCUGACAUCAAACUGGCCUUCACAUUGUAAAACUGUUAUUUAGACAUCAGCUUCUUGUCCCCUUUUUGGCUUAAAUAUUCCUUUUUAUUAUGUUCUUUGACUGAAAAAAAUCCACAUGACAGCUAUUAACAAACUAAAACUAUUUCUUAUCCAGUAUUUACCUACACACUGUGUUAAUCGGGAUUACAAACUCUGUCUUUCUGUUUAAAGUUUAUUUUUUAAUGUGUAAUUUUAGAUUUGAGAGAUACAAGCUGUUGUUUUUAUAUUGAAGUUUAUUAUAACCAUGAUUUUGGGUUGCGGGGGACGAAAGUCCAAGUACUUUAAUAUGCUUUCAAAUAAAGUACAAUGUAUAAAUACUAUGAAAUAACAUAAAUAAACUAAUUAAAUGUGAAA